AUGCAUUGGACUGUUAAAGUUGACGGUGGUCCAAGACGUGUUAAUCAUGCAGCCGUUGAGUUGAAUGGAUUUAUUUACUCGUUUGGUGGGUUCUGUUCCGGUGAACAUCAUGACGGAAAAAUCGCACUCGAUAUUCAUGUUCUCGAUACAGAAACAUACCGUUGGCGUAAACUGCAAACACGUAACGAAGAAUCAAUGGGUUCUGAGCUAUCGCUAGGACGAGAAUUAUCAGUGAUACCGUAUCAGCGAUACGGGCAUACCGUUGUAGCAUAUCAGGGUAAAGCCUAUCUGUGGGGUGGUAGAAACGAUACGUAUGGUACAAGCUCAAAAAUGCAUGUUUUUGAUCCUGAAACAUGCACGUGGUCAUUACUAGAUCGGGUUGGUCAAUGUCCACCCGCACGGGAUGGACAUAGUGCAGUUGUUUAUGAAGAUAAGAUGUUCAUUUUUGGUGGUUUCGAAGACGAAACACAACGGUUCGAAUUUAUUUCUUCAUUUUUGGUUGCCAGCUGA